CCAUCCGAGGGAGAGAAUGAGAGUAAGUGAGCUCCUCCCGAGGUCGGUGUCUGAGUGAGGAGGGGGAAAAAAACACGAGUUUCGUUGCAACUGGAUUUUGCUUGAAAAGAAACCGAAGGAAGAGGAAAAGCGUGGACACGUUCGCGGCCUCCUUUCCCUGUAACAUUCGUGUACAUGUGAGACAUUUAAAACUAGCCACGCCGACGUCUACUGCAUUGCGGCUCGAUAAUAUCAAGGAAGAGGAAAAAAGCGAAUAUUCCCGAACUUUAUUUUGAGGAAAAAACCUUGGACUUAGUGCAGUUUCAUGGACAUUUAAACUAUACCAUUGACUUUUGAACUAUCCAGUUUAUUUAGUGAGUAAAUACAGCUAGUAUUUAAUUUUGUGCUAUGUGCAGUUAAAAAGGAAGUUAUUUCCUGAUUUUUCUUACAAUACAGUGUUUUCUUAUAAAUGCUUUCCAGGCAUGGAGACUUAUUAAAUUGUGAAAAAGCGGAUUUUUUUGUUUUUGUGUUUUGCAGUGUUAAAAGGUUAAAACGUUUUUCUUGUGGGUAAGGCUUGGUCCCAUUCAAACAAACAAACAAAAUGUCGUGUGUGCAUUACAAAUUUUCCUCUAAACUGAACUAUGACACGGUCACUUUCGAUGGGCUUCAUAUAUCUCUGAGUGAUCUGAAGAAGACCAUUAUGGCCAGGGAGAAGCUGAAGGCGGCAGACUGUGAUCUACAGAUUACCAACGCACAGACUAAAGAAGAGUACACGGAUGACAAUGCCCUUAUCCCUAAGAAUUCAUCCGUGAUUAUAAAAAGAAUUCCAAUUGGAGGAGUGAAGUCUACUAGCAAAAUGUAUGUCAUAGACCGUUCAGAACCAACAAGUGGGACGUCGAAAGCAAUUGAUGACUCUGGAACAUCUAUCACUCUGGCCCAGCUUACAAAGACGGCCAAUCUGGCUGAAGCGAAUGCCUCUGAGGAAGAUAAAAUUAAAGCCAUGAUGACACAGUCUGGUCAAGAAUAUGAUCCCAUCAAUUACAUGAAGAAGCCAUUGGGACCACCUCCACCAUCAUACACGUGUUUUCGUUGUGGAAAACCGGGGCAUUACAUUAAAAACUGCCCAACUAAUGGGGACAAAAACUUUGAAUCGGUGCCAAGGAUCAAGAAGAGCACAGGAAUUCCCCGCAGUUUCAUGGUGGAAGUUGAUGAUCCAAACAUGAAGGGUGCGAUGCUUACCAACACGGGAAAAUAUGCCAUUCCCACCAUUGAUGCGGAAGCGUAUGCACACGGCAAGAAGGAAAAGCCACCAUUUUUGCCAGAGGUGCCCUCCUCCUCCUCUGAAGAGGAAGAUCCUAUUCCCGAUGAGCUGCUGUGCCUUAUCUGCAAAGAUCUGAUGAUGGAUGCAGUUGUCAUUCCGUGCUGUGGGAACAGUUACUGUGAUGAGUGUGUCAGGCAGGCACUGUUGGAAUCAGAUGAGCACACCUGUCCAACCUGUCAUCAGUCAGACGUGUCUCCUGAUGCUUUAAUCGCAAACAAAUUUUUACGGCAGGCUGUGAAUAACUUCAAGAAUGAAACUGGUUACACAAAGCGAACUCGUAAACAGCAACAGCAGCAACAGCAGCAGCAACAGCAGCAACAACAGCAGCAGCAACAGCAACCAGCCCAGCGACCGAGACAACAGCCUCCAUCCUAUCAGCUGCCCAGUCAGCAGCCUAGCCUUCUCCCCAGCCUGCUCAUCCCUCAGCCAACUCUCCCAGUGACCAGAGGGAUAAUUUCUAAACCCCCAGACCUGCCCAUCUCAUCUUCUGGACACGGCCAGACCCUCAUUCCAGCUACAUCUCUGAAUCCUGCUUCUGUCCCAAAGCGUGCUCCCUCGCCUGUGAAAACCAGCAGAGCGCCAGUAUCCUCCACUGUUAAUAUCACUGCACCUGAAGUAUCAUCAACAGCUGCUUCUGUUCAGCUACCUCCAAAGCACGAGGAAGGGGACAUGCUAGAGCUCAGUAAGCCGGUUAUGGUUACGGUUACCACUGGAAUAGCCACCGGCAAUCCCAACAUGUGUGUUACCAGUACCUCUGCACUGAAGGGAUAUCAGGUUCCUGUUCUUGGUCAGCCAUCAUCACACGGACACUCCAUCCCCACGACAGGUCAGCCAAUGCGGCCUGGAGGCAUCCGGCCUGCGGGAGGCCGACCUGGGUGGGAAGUGGCAUCAAACCGAGGACAUCCCCCAGGUGACCGCUGCUUAAGGAACCGGGCUCAAGGCCUCGCCAAUCCCCCACCAGUCUAUGUGCCACCUCCCACCCUGUAUCCCCCACCACCUCACCCUGUUCCUCUCCCUCCUGGAGUCCCACCCCCUCAGUUUCCUCCACAGUUUCCCCCUGGCCAGCCACCACCUUCGGGAUUCAGUGUCCCUCCACCAGGAUUCCCUCCUGCUCCUGCCACCAUCACUGCCCCCUGGGUACCUCCUACCACCCCAGCAGCUCCUGCCAACGUGAUUGGCACAGUGACCCAAGCACCACCUCUGUCCAGGGAAGAGUUCUACCGCGAGCAGCGACGGCUGAAAGAAGAAGAGAAGAAGAAAUCCAAGUUGGACGAGUUCACUAAUGACUUUGCCAAGGAGCUGAUGGAGUACAGGAAGAUCCAGAAGGAGCGCCGGCGUUCCUAUUCCAGGUCUCGAUCACGUUCAUACAGUGGCUCCUCUUUCAGCGGAAGCUCAUACUCCUAUUCCAAGUCCCGGUCUCACUCCUCACGCUCGUACUCCCGCUCAGUCAGUCGCUCGCCGAGCCGCUCCUACUCCAGGUCUCCUUCCUAUCGCAGAGGGAGUGGGAAAGGUCGCAGCUAUCGCUCCAGGUCCCGGUCUCGUGGCUUUCACAGAUCUCGCUCCAGGUCCCCGUCCUACAGAGCCUACCGCUCCCGCUCUCGCUCUCCCAACUACAAGCCCCAUUCUCCUUACAAGCGCGGAGCUGCGCAGGCCGAGAACGACCGGGAGUAUUACGAUCAUUACCGGGAGCCGCCUCCCUACGACUCCCUACGAGAGUUCUACGACCGACCUCGCGAUACCAGAGACCCGUUCGAGAGGGAGAGGUACAGGGAGUGGGAGAGGCGCUACAGAGCCUGGUAUGAGUAUUACAAGGGCUGCAAUAGCGGCAAUCAGCCAAGGCCCAGGUCUCCCACCAACAAAGAGCACUUUUCUCCGGAACGCUUUGGCACCCCCGGGACCAGGCGGGAUAACUCCCCGCACGGGCGAGGCCGCAGGGAGGAGUACGUGACCGAGCCGGUGGCCCCCAGGGGACGAACUGCGGGGACCGCCAGCAACUACCCUGAGAAAUACUCCUACAGAGAGAGUCACGGUGUGAAGGAGCUCCGAGAAUCCAAGGAGAAGGAGGUGACGAGCGCCAGCGCAGAGUCCAAGGGGACGAAACACAAGAAACACAGGAAGAAGAAGAAGGAGGACUCGGAGCCCCGUUCCAAUCCCGAGGCUUCCCGUGAUGGGAAGAAAGUCACUGAGGCUGCGGGCGACGAAGGCAAAGGCUCCUCCUCCUCGCUGCUCCUGCCUCCCAGCAGAGACGAUGCCACGCCUGUGAGAGAUGAGCCCAUGGAGGGCGACUCGGUUCCUUACAAGAGCUCCUCGGAGAAGGAGAGGAAGGAGAAAGCCAAGGGGAAAGGGGAGAAGGUGAAAAGGAAAGCUGAGAGCAGCAGCGUGCCGAAGAAGGAAUCCUCGGGAAAGGCGGCCAAGACAUCCCAGGAAAAGACGGCAGAGAAAGAGCGAGAGAAGGAGCGAGAGAAAUCCCCUCACAGCGAGACCAGCGCCAAGAGGGUGAAGGAUGAGGUUCCUCAGAAGUCAGAGGGCCCGAAGCUACAUUUGUUGGCCAAGAGCGAGAAGUACUUUCUCCCAAGAAAGGUGCAGCAGAAAAUGGGGAGAGACUACCAGGAGACCAAGGUGGUUAAAGAGGAGAAACCAAGGAAAGAUUACCAGCGGGAGGACAGCAAGCGGGAGGACAGCAAGCGGGAGGACAGCAAGCGGGAGGACAGCAAGCGGGAGGACAGCAAGCGGGAGGACAGCAAGCGGGAGGACAGCAAGCGGGAGGACAGCAAGCGGGAGGACAGCAAGCGGGAGGACAGCAAGCGGGAGGACAGCAAGCGGGAGGACAGCAAGCGGGAGGACAAGGCGGGCACCAGGGGGGAGGAGAAGGUCAAAAAGCCGGUCAAAGUGGACGAGAAGCCGAGCAAAAGCGAAGCCAAAUCCGACAAACGCAAGAGGAAACCUGAGGAGAAGGCCAGCGAGAAGGAGCUGGGAACGCCGCCCACAAAAUCCUCCAAAGUGGAGCCGGUGCCAGAGCCCGGGAAAGCCACGGCCAAAGGGAAAGGAGAGCCACUUCCCGACAAAGCCCCAGAGACGCCAGUGGUGGUGACCGACAAGGAGAAGAGCGCUGCUGCCGGCAAUCCAGCCAGGAAAAUCAGGAUAAACCGGGAAACCGGCAAGAAGAUCGUGGGCACGGAGUACCCGGCAGCCAUGGAGGAGAUCCCCGAGGUCACCGAGGUGAAUGGAGCCAAAGCCAAACCCGAGAGGGUGAAAAGCAAAACCCGGAGAAAAAUCCCCACCAGUGAUGGCUCCGGCUCCACACUGGUGGACUACACCAGCACCAGCUCUGCGGGUGGCAGCCCGGUGAGGAAGGGCGAGGAGAAGGUGGACACAAAAAAGACCGUGAUUAAGACCAUGGAGGAGUAUAACAGUGACACCAGACCCCCAGCGGAAGAUGAGAUAGUGAUCGUGCAGGUGCCUCGCUCCAAGUGGGAGAAGGAAGACUACGAGACCGAUGAAGAUGAAGGGAAGAUGGCAGCAGCGGCUGCAGCAGCCGCUUCGGGCUCUGGCAAAGCCUUGGUACCUGGCGCGGGGGCCAAGGCUGUGAACCCAGGGAAACCGGCCGAGAGAGAGGUUGGCCUCGCAGAGAAACCACCGAAAGUCAGCAAAGACGCGAGCGGGGAGGAAAGUCACCAGGUCAGGCCGCCGGCCAAGGGUCCGCCUCCGACAGAGAAAGCGGCCAAACCCAAAGAGAAGGAGCACGGCCCCUCAGACAAGGAGACGUCUGAGAAGAGGAAAGCUUCAACUCUGCAGGACAAGGUGGUGAACACAGAACGGGACUGCUGCGAACCAGCCAACAGCACCAAGGCUGCCUCCUCGCAGGCCAAAGAGAAGCCAGCUGAGAAAUCCGACCCGAGUAACCGAGGCUCUUCAAACAAAGAGCCAGCUCCCAGCGGGGACGGCAAGGUGGAGACUGUGGACAAGGAGCAUCCAGCCUCCAAACGCAGGGAGGGCAGCAAGCGUCGGGACUCCCCCAGCAAGAGCAAAGAUCCUCUCCCCAGCCCGAAGGGGAAAGAUAAAGAGCAGCAUGUGGAUGGCGUGAAGAGCAGCGGGGAUUGCAGGAAGAGUGAUCAGAGUCCCGGGAAGGAGAAGAAAACCCCGCAGGGGGAUCAUCGGGCUGCAUCGGACCCCAAAAGUGCCGGGGAGGAGACCAAACCCGAGCCUCUGGGCCGAGAGAGAGAGAAAGCCGUCUCCGAACCGCGGAGCACAAAAGAAAAAGAAUCCAGUGGGAAUAAACCCGUGAAUAGGGCCGAGUCUGCUCCUGAGAAAACCGAGCCAGAGGCUAGUGUGGUGAGGAGCGACAAGGAGCACACACGGAGCAAGGCCCCUGGGCCACUCAGCCGUUCCUCCCGCCAUUCCCGGCACUCGCUGGACUUUGCCAGGGAGACGGACGAGGCCGCCUUUGAGCCAGACUACAGCGAGAGCGAUAGUGAGAGCGAGGCAGAGCAGGCCCUGAGGAACUCCUCCACGGCCACCGGAGAGGCCAGGGAGGCCAAGGUCAGCAAGAGCCAUAGCAGCCGGAGUGGCAGCGGGAGCCCCAGCGAGAACCACAGCAGCAGCGGCAGCUCGGAGGACACGCAGGACAGCAAGAAGAAGAAGCGCAAGAAGGAGAAGAAGAAACACAAGAAGCACAAGAAGCACAAAAAACACAAGAAGCACUCGGGUGCCGAGACAGAGGCCGACAAAACCCAGAGACACAAACACAAAAAGAAAAAGUCUAAAAAGAACAAGGACAAAGAGAAAGACAAGGACAGUGACCAGAAAGUGCGAUCGUCUGUCAUCGUGCGAACGUCAGAAACUGAUUAGACCUGUUCCCGUCUGAUUGGCGUCUGAUCAGAUCCUGUAGCUGAAUUGAUUCGUUCUAAGCUUUGUAAAUAUUCACUGAGACAUUGCUAGUCUGCGCUGACUCUACGGCAACUGGAGAUUUUGUUUUCUGUAACAUUGAAGGUUUAUAAAUUAGCAAAAAUUUGUACAGAAUUAUGUUUGCCCAUCGUGAUUGGGCAGAAUACGCUGCAAGGUUUUUAAGUGAACUAUCAGACGACACUGGGAACUACUGUGAAAAAGUUUUUCACUUUUUUUUUAUAGCCACAUAUAAGAGCUGACGGUGUAAUUAAUGUAAAUGUUUUGGCUGGAUAAUUCGCAGUAUACAGUAAAGGCUCGGUAUGUCAUCUUUUGACUGAAUAAAUUUUCAUUGAAUUCA